AUGUUCUCCCGCGCCAUCAUCCUCGCUGCUGCCGUCGCACUCGUCGCCGCUCACUCGGACUCCGUUACCAUCGCCAAGCGCCAGGAAUCUUCCUGCAAGGACUUCUCUUGCUACCACGAGGACUACGUCCCCGCUCCCGUCAGCAACUGCAACACGGGCGACCUCAUGUGCUGCAACCAGGUUCAGCCGGCGAAGACGUUCGAUUUCUCGCAGUUCAAGGACAGCGAUGUCUUUGAGUACAUCCCCGACCAGCUCCGCGACUCGAACGCACCCGUCGGUACCGAUUGCUCCCCCAUCGUCUCCGACACUUCUGGCGCAGCGCAGUGCAACACGCAGCCGGUCUGCUGUGAUGGCGGUCACUUCUCCGGCUUCUUCUCCGUUAACUGUAACGCUUUCAACGGCGGCACGCAGUCGACUGACAUUACCGACCUCUAA